AUGUUCUUCUCCAAGUCCAUCGCUAUUUGCGUCCUUGCUGCUUGCAGCGCACUUGUCUCUGCUCAGCCAGCUCCUGCCGUCACCCCAAAGCCAUGCUACACCAGAACCCUCUCCUACAGGGCUGCCUUCUGCCCUGCCACCUACACUCCCGCCUGUGAUGGCCCUUGCUUCGUUGCUGUCACCACUUCCAUUCCAUGCCACAACAAGAAGUGCCCAACCACCAAGACCGUCAGCGUCAACUACGGCUGCCCAACUUGCACCUCGGUCUGCCCAACUGUCACCAAAUCGUGCCAUGCUUCGCCAACCAUCGGUCCAACCUUGACCGCUGUUUAA